AUGUCCUGGCUCAAGAGGCGAGCAGGUCCAUUGAUAGUUCUCGGAACCUCAGCCGUUGGGGGCGCCGUGUACCGCUUCACCAGAUCCGCAGACCGAUCCGACGCAUCGCUGAACCCGCAUGAUUUCACGCCGUACACGCUCGUAGACAAGCAACCCGUCUCUUCCACCAGCGCAAUCUUCACACUGCGCAACAGCAAUGGCGUAUCGGACACAGAGAGCGUAAAGGAGGUGUGGAAGCGAAGCGUCUGGAGCGUUCAGAUUAAGCAACCACAAUUACAGAUUGCACGUGCAUACACACCGCUGCCCCCUACGCCUCCCGAUCAAAAGCAUGGCGAGAACGAGCCGGAAGACAUGAGGUUGCUCAUACGGCAGGAACAGGGCGGCGAGGUUUCGACCUACCUGCACCGCCUACCCGAACAGUCCACGGUCGAAUUGCGAGGACCGAAUACCGAACUCAAGCUUCCCCGCGACAUCAUAGAGGUUGUCUUUCUGGCAGGCGGAACUGGCAUAGCACCCGCAAUGCAGGUUGCGCAGGCGCUGGCAAGAAGAACUGGAAGUCGGAUGCACAUACUAUGGGCGAACAGACGCCGUGAAGAGUGCGAAGGUGGCAUCAGCGACGAUAGAAGCACAACGUCCGCGCGGGGCAGAGUAGGCUGGUGGAAGAGCUUCUUCGGUUCCGGCGAGCCUGUUGCGCAACUACCGCUUGCAGACGACUCACCCGCUGCACCCAAGGGCGUCAUAGUAAAGGAACUGGAUGCGCUCAAGAAGCAGAGCGGAGUCGCAACGAAAGGCUUGACUGUCAACUACUAUGUUGAUGAAGAGAACUCGUUCCCAAGCCCGAGUGAGAUCGAGAGGAGAAUACAAAGGCAACCGGAGGAGAAAGGCUCUAGAUUGAUCAUAGUGUCAGGGCCAGAUGGCUUCAUCGAACAUUGGGCAGGCAAGAAGCUCUGGGCCAACGGCAGAGAGGUGCAGGGCCCACUGGGAGGCCAACUAGGGCGCAUGCACUUAGGUGAGUGGAAGGUGAUUAAAUUGUAA